CGCGCAACGCGUUGCGGCUUCUGUCUCGUCGCGUCCAUCCACCUCCACCUAUUGACGCGCUCACUCCACCACAACGACCCUUUGUCUACUGUCUCGGCCAAAGUCCAAUUUCAAGUUCCUAAAUAUACACACGGCCAUGGAGAAUUCAGCACCGGCCGCUCCAAAUCCACAGAAACGUUCACACGAUGACCAUGUUGAUGUCCAACCCUCUACACCGGUCAAAGCGAUCUCGUCACAAGCAUCGACCCCGUUGUCGGUCCUCUCGAAUGUUGAAACACCUUCACCGAUGCAAUCAACUGCCCCGGUUAGCAGUUCUGCUACAAACCAACCUCUCUCACAGCCUGCACUCGGAUCAAGCAGCACUCAACAGCCAGCCAAGAAAAAGCGAAGGGUCUUGACACAGCAAGAGAAGGACGACGCAGCACGCGAGAAAGAGGUCAAAUCGAAGGCUAAGGCAGACAAAGCAGCUCAGAAGGAGGCCGAAGCGAAGCUCAAGGCCGACGAGAAGGCCCAAAAGGCUGCGCAGAAAGAGGCGGAGAACAAAACGAAGGCAGGAGAGAAAGCUAAGAAGGAGGCAGAGAAGCGUGAGAAAGAAGAAGAGAAAGCGAAAAAGGAGCGAUCACAGAUGAGGCUCAAUGCCUUCUUCAUGAAGCCGAAAGCAACUGGUAGCAGUGCUGGUCCAUCCGUGGUAGAUUCCAUCCCAGACUCUACUGCCCCAUCCAUAACCUUGCCAUUACACAACUCCUCUGGAGCUGUUGCUAACGUGAUUCCGCCCUCUCCGCAGAAGUCAAUUCAAAAGAAUGCACAUUCAGACUACGAGCGCUGUUUCCUUCCUUUCGCGCUGUCAUCACAUGCUAUCCUGGCACCUACGAAUGCGUUCAUGGAGAACCCUGAGAAGCUUCGGAAUGCCAGAGAACGGUUAGACCAACUUUCUAGAGACAGCAAGGCUCGGCUGGAACCAUUCACCAUAAAAACCUUCAAAACGUCGCUUUCAAACCAUGGUGGACGAGGCCUCAAAGUUGCUUCCAUAGCGGAGGUCGUCAAACAGGUCCACGGCGCACCAGACCGACCUAUUGACCUGAGCAAAGAUGCUGAGGCCGAUCAGCAACAGCCACUCAGGAUGCUGAAGACAAUACCCAUGAAGUAUAUACAUUUCGGCGAGGACGUUCGUCCGCCUUAUUACGGUACGUACACGAAGCCGGUUUCAGAUGUCACCGCACGGCGACUCGCUCGCAACGCAGUCUCUCGGGCCCGGCACGAUACGAAUUACGACUACGACUCUGAAGCCGAGUGGGAAGAGCCUGAAGAAGGUGAAGACCUUGAUUCUGAAGGCGAGGAUGAUCUUGAAGAGGAUGGAGAUGACGAUAUGGAUGGCUUCCUGGAUGAUGAGGAGGAUCCACAGCUUAAACGACGAAUGCUCUCAGGUGACCUCGUGCCUGUCAGUACUGGUCUAUGCUGGGAGAAUGCCAAAGGCGUCUCUGUACUGAAUGAUGGAUCCGGUGCUAUAUGUACAGACUUCAAGGACUUCAAGAUGGGAUUCCUGCUUGAUCCAUACCCUCGUUCGAUCGACCCGUUCUCAACAUCUUAUUGGACACCCCCUGAGCACAUUGUUGCCGUAGCAAACGCUACAACGCACAAGAAAGCUUCUACCAACAGUCUUGUGAACCCACCACGCGUGCCUCUGACACAGCGAACAAUGAAUGGACUGUUGAAUACACUGAACUCUAGCUCAAGUCCUUUGACUGCAUCGAAACCUGCUGUACCCAAGAAGAUGGUCCCUGACGAUCAAUUGCCCGCGUUCAAGGCAGAAAUUCAUGGCAAAGAUCUUACCAAGAUCGGCAUGAUCGAAGCACUCAAGAAAGCCUUUCCGAAAUUGCCUAAGGCAGCGAUCACCAACACGCUCAGCACCGUUGCCGCCAGGGUUGGCCCAACGGAGAAGGAAAAGCGAUGGGUGCUGAUCAACAACUAAUCGCGCUGUACUCACCAACGUCUUUUUACAAUGUACCAUGUGGUUUCACUACUUCAUACAGAUACUAUUAUCGGAUCUCCAGCCUCACUUAUAUUAGGGGUUUCAGGCAUCAAAUUAGCGAUUGGCAUAGCGAUGGAGCGUAUCGGCGUUAUGUGUGUUCAGUCAGUCAGCCUGAAACAUAUCAGCACAAGCAUUUCAACAUUAGACUUCAUCAAGGCAACAUUUCGAAUAGUGCGGCGAUACAGUUGUAACACAUAUCAAAGUAUAUUUACUGGAAUGUAUCAGAAAAUGAGCGAGU